AUGACAAACACCCUUGUGUUUUGUCUAAUUGCACUCUUUUGUUGUACAGAUUUGUCGUUUGCGCGACAAGUACCAAAGGAGUGUGCCAAAGGCCCAUCAGUAUGGUGUCAGAGCCUCAAACGCGGCGCUGAGUGCGGGGCCGUGGGUCACUGUACAUCCACCGUGUGGGAGAAACAGUCAGAGACCGUAGCACACAAUGACGUGUCCAACAAGUUCGUCAGACUCUUCAGACAGCUGAAGGAUGUCAGGGAACUGAUUAAUGAGGACUACUUGGCCUCCCGCGUGGCAUCAGAAUGCAAAGACUUGCCGUACCCGGCCGUCUCGAAGAUCUGCAAGGACAAUACGGCAUACUUGCAACAAUACAUCAACCAUGUGCUGCAGUCGGAAACCUCGCCGGAGACCAUGUGCAAGCUCAUCGGCAUGUGCAACAACAAGAAGGUCGAGAACAUACUCAGCAUGGAUAAAAAGAAGCCAGCUGCGCCUAAAGUGAUCAAACAUAAGGAAAACCUUUUGGGCAGCUCCCAGUGCACAUGGGGACCGUCUUAUUGGUGCAGCAACUUCAGCACCGGUCGGGAAUGCAAAGCGACCCACCAUUGUGUGUCCAAAGUAUGGCCGAACACGAACUUUGCCGAAGACACAGACAGCAUCUGCAAGAUCUGUACCGACAUGGUGCAGCAGGCUAGAGACCAGCUGCAGAGUAAUGAGACACAGGAAGAACUAAAGGAAGUUUUCGAAGGAUCAUGCAAACUAAUCCCAAUCAAAGUGGUGGCCACCGAGUGCAUGAGGUUGGCUGAUGACUUCGUUCCCGAGCUGGUGGAGACCCUGGCUUCUCAGAUGAACCCUCAACAAGUCUGUUCGGUCGCUGGACUCUGCAACAGCGCUAGGAUCGAUGAAAUGCUUGAAGAAUUUAAUACUCAGUUGAGCCUGCGUGUGGAAUGCAACAACUGCCAACGUACAGUCGGUGUGCUGAGGAAGAAGUUCGAUGCCACCAGCUAUGAAGAUUUCCUUGUUGGAUUACUGCAGAUUUGUCGCAAGAUGGACUCACUCUCGGACUCUUGUUCCAUGCUAGUCUUCAAGUACUACGAGAACAUUCUGGAAGCUUUGAAGAAGGACCUGACAGGCCAGAGCGUGUGCCACGUGAGUGGACAAUGCUCAUACAAGUUCCAUCAACACGACGAGUUCACUUUCCCUGCCGAGUUCACUGACUUCAAACCUACUGAUGACGUGCCAUGCGAGCUGUGUGAGCAGUUGGUGAAGCACUUGCGUGACGUCAUGGUCGCCAACACUACCGAAAUUGAGUUCUACAGAGUACUGAAAGGUCUCUGCAAACAGACUGGUAACUUCAAGGACGAAUGCCUUCACCUAGCUGAGCAGUACUAUCCUAUCAUCUACAAAUACUUGGUCGAGGAACUUAAGGCCAAUGAACUCUGCGCCAUGAUUGGUGUCUGCGGGAACCUAACGCAAGACGUGCCCAUCGCUCCUCUAGUACCGGGAGAAAUUGCUGUUAAAGCCAAACUUAUUGGUGGAUAUGAUAUGGAUAAGAAACAGAAAACUGAUCAGCUGGCCCGCGUCCCAAUAAGCAAGCAGACCAACGUGCGCGUGCUGGACAGUACGAGCGCGGGCCCGCUGCCCAUCGAGCGCAUGUUUGUGUCCGUGCCGCAGCCGCAGGGCAAGGCGGCGUGCUCGUUCUGCCAGUACUUCCUGCACUACCUGCAGGUCGAGAUCAGCGACACUAGGACCGAGGACGAGAUCUUCCAAGCAGUGGACAAGGCAUGCGACAAGUUGCCUCACUCAGUGAACGACGAGUGCAAGCAGUUCGUCACUCAGUACGGACCCGCCGUCGUCGCUCUGCUCGUGCAGAGAAUCGACCCUGCUACCAUUUGCCCAGCUCUGGGUAUCUGCCCACAAGUGGGUGAGGUCCGUCGCGUGGACAUUAACUCCGACAAGUCCAACUGUCCUCUGUGCUUGUUCGCGGUGGAACAACUCGAGACUAUGCUCAAGAAUAACCGCACAGAGCAAAGCAUCCGCACCGCCCUGGACAAUCUAUGCACGCAUCUAUCCACGAAGCUGCGCACAGAAUGCGUUGACUUCGUAGACACGUACGCACCGCAGCUGAUAGAGAUGUUGGUCGCCAACAUGGACGCGCAAGAGAUCUGUGUAUUCCUCAAACUCUGCAAAGAUGAGGUCAAGGAUCCGUUGAAGAUCACCCAGAGUUCCAUUGACAAGUUCCAUGAGAAGCCUCAACUGAUGGCUGAUAGGAAUAAUUAUAGAGGACGGUCUCUGUUGCCCUCUACCAUGCUCGUCAGUGCACACAAGGAUCAUGAUAUCGAAACGAACGAAAUCUUCGACAACACGGUCAACGGCCGUGAAGUACGUCCGCCAAUGAAACAGAAGACUGUCUGCAUCAUCUGCGAGUUUGUGCUCAAGGAGAUCGAUGACCAGAUCAAGGACAAACAUAAUGAGGAUGAAGUAAAGCACGUAAUUGAGAAUGUAUGCAAGCGUAUGCCAAAGAACAUCCGCAGCGAAUGCGAGCAGUUUGUAGACAAGUACGCCGACAUGGUGAUCAGUCUGCUGGCGCAGGAGCUCGACCCUGAACAGGUCUGCGAGGAACUCAAACUCUGCGACAGACCCAGCAUUGUUGCUGCUAAAGAGGAGAUCCUAGACUGCGCAGUAUGUGAGGCAGUCGUGAUGGCAGUUCGCAAAGUGCUCAGCAACGAUAAAGUAGACCGUAACAUUGUGCACAUCGUGGAGAAAUCCUGCGAAUUAUUACCCGCCAAAUACAAUGAAAGGUGUCACUCCAUGAUGGAGAUCUACGGUGACAGUGUGAUCCACCUAAUUGAAGAGUUCGGCACGAAGGGAGUGUGCCAGAAGAUCGGGCUCUGCUCAUCCUCAGACGCUGCAUACGUGCACAUGUACCGGGAGAAGAGAAACUAA